AUGGGGACCAAUGCUGAUUACGACGAGAAGGCUGUUGCGGAAUCCCUCACUGCAAACAACAAUGGCGACUGCCAUGAACUUCCUACUCCGUCAGAGGAGAAACCCUCAGAGGAACCGAUCUUCGAUACCGGCUUCAAGUCAUGGAUCCAAGUGCUAGGCUCUUUCUUCCUCUUCUUCAACUCAUGGGGUGUCAUUAACACCUGGGGUGCGUUCCAAACGUAUUAUGAGCAGGACUUGUUGUCGGACAUGUCAUCGUCCAGCAUCGCCUGGAUUGGCUCACUCCAGGCUUUCCUACUCAUGCUUUUUGGUGUGGUGACAGGACCUCUCUUCGAUGCAGGCUAUUUCCGUGCUCUGCUCACGUUUGGAAGCAUCAUGCUUCCCUUUGGGUUGAUGAUGACCAGUCUUGCUACCAAGUUCUGGCAGCUGAUCCUGGCCCAAGGUAUCGUUAUUGGUCUGUCUGCCGGAUGUCUGUUCGUCCCAUCCGUCGCCAUUUUGCCUCAGUACUUCAAGAAGAGACGUGGUCUGGCCAACGGCCUGGCCGCUUCGGGCAGCAGUAUCGGGGGUGUGAUCUACCCGAUCAUGUUUGACCAGCUACAGCACAAGGUCGGCUUUCCCUGGGCAACUAGAGCUAUCGGCUUCCUUUGUUUCGGAACUUGCUGCAUCUCAUACAGCAUCAUGCGUAUGCGCUUCCAGCCGACAGAGAAGCGCAAGCUGGUCCAGUUGGCUGCCUUCAAGGAACCGCAUUUUGUGAUGUUUUGCAUUGGCAUGUUCCUGGGUUUCCUUGGAUUCUACAACUUCCUCUUCUAUAUCCAGUCCUAUGCCAUCGACACCGGAAUUGUUGGUUCCACCCUCGGAUUCUAUCUGCUCUCCAUGCUGAAUGCGGGGUCCACCAUUGGACGUAUCUGUCCGAACUUCAUCGCAGACCACACGGGUCCCCUGAACGUCCUCACUCCUGCAGCUACCGCUACCGCUAUUCUUGCCUUCGCUUGGAUCGGAGUCCACAAUGCGCCAGGCAUCAUCGUUCUCUCCGUACUGUAUGGUCUCUGCUCCGGCGGUUUCGUGUCACUUCCGCCGGUCGUGAUGGUGACUCUGACCAAGGACAUCCGGGACCUGGGAACUCGUCUAGGCAUGGUGUUCGCAAUCACCUCUGUCGGACUGCUGAUCGGUACGCCUAUCGGCGGAGCCAUCUUGAGCAACUCGGGCAGCUACCUGGGAGUGCAGCUCUUCACAGCUUGCUGUCUCAUCACGUCUGCCUCCGUCUUUGCCGCGCUGAGAUUCUCUCGCUCGAGUAUGAGACUGAUCGCGCGUGUGUGA